GUCGUCAAGCCCAUAUUCACGCCAGGCCCAGGAUCCCACUAAGAGAACCUCAUGUGUCUGCUCCUCGCGUUGGAUUCCCCAAUCCGCCGCCGACGCCGCCAUGAUGCAGUCCCACAUGCCGUCGCCGGCGAGGCUGGGGGUGACCGCCUCGUCGCCGUCGCUCCCGCCCAACCAGUCUCCCGCGAACCCCACCUCCUCGCCGCCGCAGCAGGCCAACCCGCCGCCCGCGAGCGCGGCCACGUCCGCGGCCGGAGCCGCGGUCCCAACCCUAACCACCUCGCCGGCGCUGCUCCCGCUCCUGCCGCCGCUCCCGCGCGCGCAGUCGCUGCUCCACCUCAUCUCCUCCCUCGCCUCCAACCUCUUCGAGCUCUCGCCCAACCGCGCAGCCUGGAUCUCGUCCUACCGGGGCUCGCUCCCCAACUUCCUCGCGUCGUCGUCGGCGUCCGCGGCGCCUACGCCGCUGCCGGCCCCGGUCUCCACCACCAAGGAGGCCAUGUCGAUGCUCACCUCCCUCCAGACGCAGCUCUUCGAGACCGUCGCCGAGCUGCAGGAAACCCUCGACCUGCAGGACGCGCGCGCCAAGCUCGCUCGCGAGGCGCGCGCCAAGGACGCUUCGCUGCUCGCCUUCGCGAAGAAGCUCCGUGAGGCCCACCACGUGCUCGACCGCCUCGUCGACGACUACGCCGACUACCGCCGCGAUCCCAAGCGCCCGCGCGGCGCCGCCGCUGUCGACGAGCCCGAGCCGGUGUCGCACGGCGACUUCGGCGCGUCCCUCCACUCCAAGCUCAAGCUGGACGACAUCCUGACCUAUGCGCAUCGCAUAAGCUACACGACCUUUGCACCGCCGGAGCAUGGUGCUGGGCUCCCUCUGAGGGGUGCAUUGCCGCCUGCGCCACAGGAUAACGAGCUGCGGAUGUCACAGCUGUAUCAGUUUGCUGAUUUGGAUGUUGGAGUGCCCAAGAAACCCCUGGAAACGAAGGAGGGGGUCACAGCAGAGAUGGAGUCCAUGCCGCUAUUCGAGCUACCGGAGGAAGAGCCUCCGCGGCCAUUUAUGCUACCAAUCACAGUGCCACCAGGUUGGCAGAAAGGUUUGCCUGCUCUGCUUCCUGAUAUUCCAGUGCCGCCACCUGGAUGGAAGCCUGGGGACCCGAUCGAGCUGGGUGGCAUCAUUCCUGCUGUCAAGCCUGAGGAACAACGACCCAGUGUGCCGAUUCCUGUUGGGGUGCAGCCAAUGGUGCCAAGGGCCCAAGAGCCAAUACAGGUCGCAGCUGUGAACCUUGACAUUAUCAGUUCUAGCAGCGAUGAGUACAGUAGCGACGUCGGGAGCUCAGAUGAAGACGAUGAGGACUAAUGCUUUUGGUUUGAGGUGUUUGCUUCUCUUCCAUCUUUGUCCUCUGAUAACAACUGGUGGUUCUGUCUGGAACUCGAAGUGCCAUUUGGACAUGCUUGUGAAGGCCUAGAGCUUCUCCAAACUCCCCGCCUGUUGGUCUUUUGCCAGUAAACAUCUCCAGCAACAGUACCCCAUAGCUGUACACAUCACCUAGGAUUUGAACUUUGUUGCCCAAACCGUACUCUGCAAACAUCAUAAUAAAAGAAUUAGAAGCACUGAACAUGUUUACGCAUUUAUGCUGAA